UAUUUUAUUGUCACUUUUAUUCAGUGACCGGAUUUGCUGACGUUAAAAACAGUGGACUCACUUGCCCCUUACGUCAUCAAUGUGCGUCGACGGGAUAUGGCUGAUACCGCUACGAAAACAAGACUGUUCUAGCUACGACCUGAAUUUAAUUUCAUACUGGUGAACGGCGGUUGCUGGGAUGCCGAAGAAGUUCCAGGGCGAGAACUCCAAGGCGGCCACAGCCAGAGCCCGCAAGGCUGAGGCCAAGGCUGUGGCGGAUGCGCGCAAGAAGCAGGAAGAGGAUGAUGCCCUGUGGCAGGAAACUGACAAACAUGUCCUGAAAAAAGAGCAGAGGAAGGAUGAUAAGGAGAAGAAGAGGAUUGAGCUAUUAGAGAGGAAAAAAGAGGCCCAGCGACUCCUGGAUGAAGAGACUGCCAGAAUAAAAGGCAAAUCCCAGAAGGAGGGUGGAGGUGGUGAAAAGUUGACCCGGGCCCAGAUAGAGGAGUCUAUUAAGAGUGUCCCCCAGCCUCAGCAGCUCAAGCCAAAAGACAAGAGCCAUCUGGAGAUUCCACUGGAAGAAAAUGUGAACAGAAUUAUGCAGGAGGAAGGAACUGUGGAAGCUAGAACUGUAGAAGAUGCCAUUGCUGUGCUCAGCAUUACACCUGAGGACCUGGACCGCCACCCGGAGCGGCGGAUAAAAGCCGCUUACACGUUGUACGAGGAGACCAAUUUGCCUCGCUUGAAGAAAGAAAACCCGAACAUGAGAUUGUCUCAGAUGAAGCAGCUGCUGAAGAAGGAGUGGAUGAAGUCUCCUGAGAAUCCUCUUAAUCAAAAGUUUGCGGCAUACAACUCAAAGUGAAGGCACUGACCGUCCCAUCCACAUUUCCCCGUAAGCGCCCAACUCCCAUUGGAAACUGUCUGUUGCACCUUGGAGACUUUUAGUGCCAGACCAUCUUCAUUCAUCAAAAAUUGAGUAUCGGUCGUCCUAAUACUUGCCACUAUGUGUCAAACCAAUUUGAGAUGACUUUCGCACAGCAUCGUGUUAACACUUAAAGAGUAAGAGGUUGAUCUCACAUUAAUGUGUUCAAGUGAAAUAUUCAAAGGUGAGGACAAAUGCUGAGCUUGGUACUGUGUGAUUAUUAUUUUUUCUUUAAAUUACAAAAGAAUGUUCUGUCUCAGCCAACAAAUUGUUAUAAAUUCAAUGAUGAACUUCCCCCCCCCCCUCCCUUUAAGAUCAUCUUUGUGUUUGAGUGGCUGAGUUGAGCACCUUCCACCUGACUGUGGCCAUUAGUUUGCUGUGAUUUUAAAGUCUAAUUUUACCAGAGAUUAAAGUGGACGGUGACAUCUGAGCUAAUUCUGCUGCAUGAAUGUCUUAUUGAUCAUUCACAUUGUACUGAUUACUCAUUCAAUAGAAGAUUAAAGGGGCGGGAAAACAUCUUCAA